AUGCACGAGAGCUCCUUAUAUAAUCAGGACGGGGACGAGAGGGGCCGCGAGAGGUCGCCGCGGCGGCGGCUGCUGCGCCCGCCGGCCUCGGACUACAUCAAGCCGGAGCUGUUCCAGAAGAGCUUCCACAAGAUCUCGGAGCUGGUGCGGCGCGCGGACGCGGACUCGCCCCCGCCCCCGCCCCCGCCCGCGCAGGGCGCCGCCCCGCCAGCGCUCGACCCGGAGUCCCGCCCCAGAUCACCCAUGAUACCGCAAAAGAACAAGAUAUCUAUAAACCUCAUGGAGAGUAUAGAAUCGGAAACUUCCAUCGAUUCGCCCGAUAGGGAGUUUGCCAACUUGGACCUGAAUGACCUGGACGAGUCCAACGAGAGCCACGAGAGCCACGACAGCCAACAGAGGGAGACAACACAGGACCCCAAACACACAGACAAGGUCACCAGUCCCACGCAAACGCAGGAGAAGUCUGAAGACAACAAUCCUAAAGAAUCAGAGCCUAUCUCCAACAGGCCUCAGUGCAUCGCUGACGUUCCCAUACCGCAGAUAAAGGUCCCCAAGUUGGAUUUCUCCAAACAGACAAAGUUCGCGCAUUCCGAUUCCGAAGACUCGAGGAAGUCCACGAACAUAGAGGACUUGAAAAGCACAACAAGAUCGAACAGCAUAGACAUACCGAAAGACAACAGGAACCUGAUCAAACUCUCCCCUACUCCAAGCUUGGGCGAUAGAUCGCCUAAACUGGACUUCGCCAAAACCUGGUCCACCCCACUCUCGACCUUCAAACCGUUGGGUAAAGUCGGAAUCGCGUCGCCGAACAAGUCCACCGAUACGGUGACUAGCAUCGGGAAAACUGCCAGCCCCAGAUUGGACGGUGUGAUAAUAUCCCAGGGCAAGACCAGCUCGGACAACGUCGUGGUGGUGUAUCAGUUCGAAACCCAAGAGGAGAGUUUCCCGAAGCCCAUCAAGUCUCCCCUCAUACCCGACAUGGGGACGAGGGAGUUCAUGGAGAGGAACAAAAACGACGAGAGAAGGAGACUGGAGCUGGCUCUGCAGAAGGAACUUGAGUUGAUAAGAAUGGAGUGGUCCGCUAAAGAGAAGAAGAUGAGAGCGGAGUUGCAAGAAGAGAUAGCGCAGGCGGAGCAAAAGUUCUUGGCCGAGAAGAAAAUGAGACUGACCGAACAAGCGGACAGGCAUAAAAAAGAAAUGGAGGAGGUGAGCGCUGAGCGAGGCGCGGGCGCGGCACGAGCGGGCGAUGGAGGCGCGCUGCGCGAGCUGGCCGAGGCGCGCGACGCCGAGGCGGCGGCGGCCGAGGCGCGCCAGCGCGACGCCCUCGCGCGCCUCCGCGGCCUCUGCGCCGACCGCCUCGCCGAGGAGAAGGAGCGCCUCGAGAUCGAGAACGAACGGACCCUAGCCGAAGUGAGGGAGCAGCUGCAACUGGAGUUGAGCAAGGAGAGGUCUCGGAUGGUUGAGGAGAACAGGGCCACCAUAGAGGCCCUACGGGAGGAGCACACCAACAGGGUCACAGACCUGAGGCUGGACUAUAGGGCUGAGGUGGAACGGCUGCGGCGGCAGCAGGCCUGCCACGUGGCGGAGGUGCGCGCGCGGCUGCUGGGCGAGCGCGCCGCGGCCGCGCGCCUCGCCCCGCCAGAGCGCGACCUGCCCGCCAAGUACCGCUGCCUCAAGGAGAAGUACGCGCGCCUCAAGCACGACGUCAAGAUGUCCAUCGAGCGGCGCAACAAGCGUCGCGAGCUGAGCAUGGCCACCGGCUCCGAGACGGACAAGUCCAACUCGCACAAGGCGACGCACUCUCUGGAGAGAUGCAAGGAGGCGAACGAGUCGUCGCCGAGCGUCGAACCCGAGCCGCCGCGCCCGAAGCCCAACAACAACCCCGCCGCUAAAAGCAACGAAAACGAGACGUCCAUCUCGGAGGGCAACGCGCACAGAUCGGACAACAACAACGACGAUUGGAAGGCGAAGAGCAACACAUUCCCGUCCGCCUUGCUGGAGAGGGGCGAGAGGAGUGAGAGGGGCGAGAGGGGCGAGAGGGGGGCGAGGGGCGAGAGGGGCGGUCGCAGGGCCGCCGUGGCCUUCCGGGACCCUCCCCGCCCCCAACAGCCGCACAGAGGCGCCGCCACAGAUUACCAAGAUUCAUCAGACGCGACCACAGCUGAUGAGAGACCCAAAGAAGCGAUGAAUGGUCAUGGGAGGCGCAGGUGUUUCACCAGGCUAAAGUCAGCCUCUACAUCCAGACUCAAUUAUUCCCCCAAACGCAGCGAGGGCUGGGGCGGGCCGCUGGAGGCGCUGCGCCAGCAGCUGAGGAAGCUGGACGAGCUGGAGGAGCAGUGCCCCGACCUGGCCUGCCAGCCGCCCUACGCGCUGCCCUACCCCUUCGCGGACCUGGAGUCGGUGCGUGGCGGGGGCGGUGGCGGUGGCGGGGGCGCGCCCGAGCUGGAGUUCGUGCGGCACCGCGCGCUCGUGGAGCGCGAGGGCAUGCGCCGCGCCAGGGCCGUGCUGCGCAGGAGGCGCGCCGCGCUCAGGGACGCCGCCUCGCCUCGCUACUCGACUUCGUUAAGCUUAGCCGCGGUGAGGUGUUGCAAUGUGGUGUGUGUGAGCGUGAGCGAGGGUGGCGUGCUGUGGCGGCGGCAGGAGGAGCGCGACGCGACCGAGCUCGAGGUGGCGCUGCACCGCGCGCGCGCCCUGCUCGGCGAGAAGGAGAUCCGGCUGCGGCACAUCGAGCGCGCGCUACGCUCGCUGCCGGACGCGCGCCCCGUCGCGCCGCUGCAGGUCCCGACGCGCUCGGCGCUCGGCGCUCGGCGCUCGAUGCUCGAUUAUUUAGAGGCGUCAAGCAGCGAACCCAGCUCCGGCAGCGAGGCGGAGGGGGCGGAGGGUGUGGGGGAUGUGGGGGGUGCAGGGGAGUAUGCGGGCGGGGGGAGGAGCGGCGCGGUUCUGCGUUCGCUGCGCGCUCUGCACGCCGACGUGCGCCACAUCUGGCGGGCGGUGCACGCCGCGCACGCAGGACACGGCACGGCCUCCCCCGAAACCAGUUCGUGCAAUGUGCCUUCGACAUCGCAGACCAAGAUGACGUUUUCCGCAGGUGAGCCAUCGGUGAAUGACAAUUCUGACGGUGUUGCCGAAAGGGCGAAGGGGCUGCGAGCCUGGCUGCAGACUGCCCCG